AUCAUUAUGCAAUUUUUAUCAAUUACUUCGACAACUUUCGAAGCUUUUUAAAUUAUCAAAUCUUCAAAAAUGUCACAAAAGAGACGUAGAUUACCGAAUUUGAAAAGUAAAGAAAAGGCGGAGAAGAGCCAAAAAGGUACAAAUGACGAAAGGCAGAAAAUGCAAAAGAAACAGAUUGUUCAAUUUGUGCAGACGACUCUCGAAAAAGGACCUAUUGGCCUUCGAAACGAAUUCAACGCCAUGAAGCGAUUCAACGACUUUGAUAAGAUGCAAUCCUUCAAAAAGGCCCAGGAUCACCACAAAAACCGGUACAAAGACGUGGGAUGUCUCGACAACAAUCGUGUCAAGUUGGCCCAUCCACCAUGGCCACACGACUAUAUCCACGCAAACUUUGUUUCGACACCUGCCAAUGCGAAGCGCUUCAUCUGUGCUCAAGCGCCUCUCGACAAUACAUGUGCCGAUUUUUGGUACAUGUGCCUGCAGGAACGUGUUGAAGCAAUCUUCAUGCUAUGCAAUUUGAUGGAGAAGGGAGCCAAGAAGUGCAGCGAGUACUAUGCUACCAAGGAGAAGCCUGAAUUGGUAUUUCACGAGAAAGAUCAGAAGAUUACAGUGAAGUACGAGGCAUCUGGAACGGUGAAGUUUGUCAAGCCCACGAAAGCAGUGGUGAAGGAGACAGUGCUCAUUAUCGAGGGUCCUGGAGGUCAAGUUCUAAAGACAACCCACUAUCACUGGAUCGAUUGGCCGGAUCGUGGUGUCCCACCUGCUGAUUUGUCUAUCAUCGAGCUAUUGAUCAAAGCACGACCUUUAAAAGGUCCAAUUGCUGUGCACUGCUCCGCCGGCAUCGGUCGUACUGGAUCAGUCGUGAUGAUUGAGUACAUGUGCGAGCAGCUUCUGAAUGGAAACCAAAUUGAAGAAACCGACAAGAUCUUGCAGAAGAUUCGUGAGCAACGCAACAACUCAAUUCAAACGGACCACCAGUACCUCUUCGUUCACCAAGUCAUGAUGAAUUUUUUCCUGGAAAAGAAGCUCUUCGACGAGGAAGUCAAGAAAGCCCAUGCUGAUUUCACGCAUAAAUAUGAAAAAUGUGUUCAUUAAGUUCGCCUGGUCAUAUCAAUCAAUUGAGAAGUUUUUAAAAUAGUUCUUUAAACAAUUUUCAAAUUUCUUGGUCUCGAAUAAAAGUAUUUGUAUUUCCU